UUUGCACUCUAGCGCUGGAUCAUUGUACCACGUGCUCCUCCAUAGUUUCUGUAAGCAGAAACGUGAAGCUUGGUCUCAUCGAGAAAAGUUAAAAUAUUAGCUAAAACAUUACAGUGUGUGGUUUUGUCAGGCUUAUGCAUAAUAACGACAAUGUCUCGAGAAUCUAAGUUCAAGAUCAAUCCGAAAUUCGCAGAGAAAUACGAGAAAUAUCGACAGAAAGAAGAAUUGCAGAAACUGAAAGACCGCUAUGGAGAUGAAACUGGGGACACUGAAUCGGACUCGGAAUCAGAUGAGGACAGUGAAGUGGAGCUGGACCCCAGACUUGAGAAGGACUUUUACAGAACACUUUCCUUACUCAAAAAGAAGGACCCCAAGAUCUACCAGCAGGAUGCCAAAUUUUACACUGCUCAAGAGUCUUCAGGUGACAGUGAUGACCAGCCCUCUACUUCAAAAAAGCAGGAGAAGCCCAUGUUUCUGAAAGACUAUGAGCGGAAGGUCAUUCUGGAGAAGGGCGGUAAAUAUGAAGAUGAGGAUGAUGAGAGUGAUGCUGAAGAUGUGGCCAGGAGGAUGGAGAGAGACGCUUCCCCCAGCUACAUGCAGGAGCAGAGGGAACUGAAGGAGAGCUUCCAGAAGUUUGUUCAGGACAGUGACGAUGAGGGUGGUGAGGGAGAUGGGGACUCGCAGCUGCUCACGAAACGGAUAAAAACCCAGGAGGAGAAGGAUAAGGAGGAAGUGGACUACAUGGAGUGGCUGAAAGGCCAGGCGGAGCUGGAAGGAGCAGAGGAGGUGCAGGACAUGAGGUAUUUGAGGGACUACUGGAAUGAUCCCCAGCUGGACGAGAGGGAGAAGUUCCUGAGAGACUAUGUCCUCAACAAGGGAUACCUGGAGGAGGACGAGGAAGACCGAGUCCCCAGUUAUGAUGAAAUAGUACAGGAGGAUGUUGAGGACUCCGAGGAGGAAGGGGAGUCCUUCUUGGAGCGGCAAGAGGACUUUGAGAGGCACUACAAUUUCCGGUUUGAGGAACCAGAUGGCAAUGAGAUCAAAACAUACCCACGCACCAUUGCAACCUCUGUGCGCACCAAAGAUGAGCGGCGGAAACGCAAGAGGGAGGAAGUGAAGGAGAGGAAGAUAAAGGAGAAGGAGCAGAAGCAGGCGCAGCUGAAGCAGCUGAAGAACCUGAAGCGCAGCGAGAUCAUGGAGAAACUGCGCAGGCUGCAGGACCUGACGGGCAACAAGCAGCUGGGCUUCGGUGAGGGCGACCUGGAGGGAGACUUCGACCCCCAGCAGCACGAGCAGCUCAUGCAGAAGUUCUUUGGAGAUGAGUAUUAUGGACAGGGGGAGGAGGAAAAGCCCCAGUUUGAUGAUGAAGAGGAGGAUUUGGAUGGACGGUGGAACUGGGACACGUGGACAGGGGAGGGAGAGGAGGGUGAGGACGGCGAAGGAGAGGAGGAAGAGUACGAGAUACACCAGCCCAACUGUGACGAUCCUGAUUUCAUUAUGGAUGCAGACUAUGACCCCAGUCAGCAGCCCACCACGUCCAAGAAGAAGAAGAAAAAAGAAAAGGAGGAGAAGAGGAAGAUGAGGAAGGAGGAUGCCCCUCUAAUGGGGAAGAAGAGGAAGAAGUCACACUUUACAGAGGUCAUCAUGAAGAGCAAGCCUGUCUUUGACCCCCAGGAGAAGAGCUUUGAGCAGUACCUGGAUGAGUACUACCGGCUGGACUAUGAGGACAUCAUCGACGAUCUGCCUUGCAGGUUCAGAUACAGGCAAGUCCUGUCCAAUGACUUCGGCCUGUCCACUGAGGAGAUCCUGGGAGCUGAUGAGAAGGAGCUGAACCGCUGGUGCUCUCUAAAGAAGACCUGCAUGUACAGAUCUGAGAAGGAGGAGUCCAGCGACCUGAAGAACUAUAAGAUCAAGGCCAGUAAUGAGAAGAGGAAGAGGGAGAUUCUCAGCUCCCUGUAUGCAGAGGAGGAAGCACUAGAAGAACAAGCUAUUGGUAAGGCCAAGGUCGGGAAGAAGAGAAGAGACCGAAUAAAGAAGAAGGAAGGAAAGGGAGAGGAGAAGGAGGUGGAAGACACAGAGGCAGUAGUGGACUCUGUUGAAGGCAAGCUGGUUGAGUCCCUGCAAGUGGCCGGGGCUGAGGGAGACGAGGCCGAAGAGUUCUUGGUCCCAAAGAAGAAACUGAAGGAGAGCCCAAAAGCCAGCGAAGCUGUGGAAGCUGUGGAAGGUGUCCGGCCGAAAGAAAGCACAAAGUGGCCCAAGAAGAGACGCAGGCCCCUGGGAGGACGCCUGCUGUCGGGGUCCUUCAGAGUGAAGAUGGGGGGCCGGGAGUUCAGCGGGCAGAGACUGAAGGCCUACGGGCUCAAUCCCAAACGGCUGCGUCACAGGCAGCUCAACCGGCAAAAGAGGAAAGAGCAGGAGAGGAGGGAGAAGAGAAAGGGCCAGGACUGAGACUGCUGGAAGGGCCGUCAGCAUCGCUCUUCAAGUUGAGGUUUUUCAGCUUGACAAUGGCCAACCAAAAACAAAACAAACAAAAAAACAAACCAAAAAAGAAAUUGAUUUGCUCUGUAAGUUUCUAUAUUGGCUGAAUUUGAUAUGUUUUAUAUUUAAUAUCUGAAGAAAAAACUCCUGGUCUAAUUUAUUGGGGACCUUCACUUUCUUUAUGCAGAAUGACUUUGUAUCCUGUCAGAAUGAGAAUACAAAAUACCACUGUUCGAUUAUAUCUUUUUCCUUUUGCUUGAGGAAUUAUUUUAUUUUAAGGUUCCACUAAUGUUAGUAUGGGAUUGUAUGUCCAAUGGAAUAUGGUGCCCUCCAUACUGUUUGGGACAAAGACCCAUCAUUUAUUUAUUUGCCUCUGUACUUUCAGAUUUGUAAUAAAAAAAUCACAUGUGGUUAAAGUACACAUUGUCAGAUUUUAAUAAAGGGCAUUUUAAUAUA